AUGUUAGCACUGGGGAGACGAGCCUCGUAUCGCGACCGCUUUGUACCCUAUUCUAUCCGUCGAGGACACGGCAACCUGCUCGAUCGCUAUGCUACCGCCGCUGUCCGUCAAAAGAGGAUAGGGCAUCAAAACGACAGCACAUUCCAACACUACCUCUCGUCAUCUUCUACCGUCGACGGCCAGUCGAUGGUUUUAGGCCGAGACAUAGAGCAAGAUGUGCUUGACCGUCUAGCAUCGAUAGCGACUAAGGUCGACUUCAACGCCCCUAAACCUCACGGAGCAUCUCUCGUCGAUGUAGGGCGCCGCAAUAAGAAGACGGAACUCAAUUUAGACAGCGUAACAGCCAGCACAGUACUCGUGCGCCCGCCACCAAGCCGGCAGUUCCGCGUAUACCUCCAGUGGGACAGCCAUCGAUUCCGCCUAAUCGAUGUGUUCUGGGAAAAUGCCACGAACAGCAGCCUCGAGACCAGGAUGGCACCGCUCCUCGCGAUCGCAAACACUAAUCGUUCGACGUGGAGAUACCCGAACACCGCCGAGGGUGCCGAGUGCGAAUGCGGCCACCGGCCGAAGCGGUGA